AUGUCACAACUUGCUCCGCAGCAACCGAGGCUGCCGACAGAGUCCAUCCUUCAGCGUCAGAGCUCCAUCCUUCAGCGUCAGAGCUCCAUCCUGAGAAAGUCAGGAACUGAGGCCUCGGCCACGAAAGGGACAGGGGCUGCGCCGAGCAAUGUGACAGGCAGCGCCCUCGCCCGCGACGGCAGAGCGUUGGAAAAUGCCAACGGCGCCCAAGCAGGCCUUCAGUCCGGCUAUAGCCAAAGCUACGCCCCGCCACGAGGGGGCCAAGAAAAUGAGCAUCAGGGCCGUCGAAACUCCGGCAUCGCCCCGCCUCGAGGAGUCCAAGACGACGGGCUUCGAGGGAGUCCAAACCUCGGGGCCGGUCGAGAAGGGCAUCCCGGAGUUGGGGAUGGGGGGAAGGGUGUGCAGGUGGCGAAGGCGGGAGAGAUUGGAGGAACAGCUCCUGAUGUGCCCGACGCCAUUGGACGCCAAGGUUCUUUCCAACGUCGUGGUUCAUUUGGAAGUGCGUAUAAUGUGCCGAGUAUGGGUCCUGCGACCGGCGGAAGCAUGUACGGUGCAGGCUUCGGCAGCAUGGGCCCUGCGAUGGGCGGAAGCAUGCACGGUGCAGGCUUCGGCAGUAUGGGUCCUGCGAUGGGUGGAAGCAUGCACGGUGCAGGCUUCGGCAGUAUGGGUCCUGCGACCGGCGGAAGCAUGUACGGUGCAGGCUUCGGCAGUAUGGGUCCUGCGACCGGCGGAAGCAUGCACGGUGCAGGCUUCGGCAGUAUGGGUCCUGCGACCGGCGGAAGCAUGCACGGUGCAGGCUUCGGCAGUAUGGGUCCUGCGAUGGGUGGAGGCAUGUACGGUGCAGGCUACGGCAGUAUGUACGACGGUGAGAGUAUCACGGCUCAAUGGGCCGGCUUGAACGAGGUGAGCCUUGAAAGCGCGUGCGCUGCAGGUGCCAGAUACUACUUGGAUACCAGUCAAAACUACGAUUAUCUGUGCCCGAAUAUUUCCACCACUGAGAACCACGUCAAGCUAAAGCGGAGUGGUCAGCGUGGUGGCAAGCUGGCUGAACGCCGCGUCAAGGGUGAUAAUGGGGAGUCCAUAUCGACAGGCGCGACAGUUGCCCCUCUCAUAGUGCGCAAAACAAGCUUUUCAAAGAAAGAGGAAGCGACAGCGACGACGGCGACGACGACGACAGCAAAAGUGCCAUCAAACUACAACAUUCACUCACUCAUUCUUGUUGACAAGGAAGGAGAUUCAGAAAGGGACCUCUGCAUCUCUGUCAAGGACCCCAGGACACUUCUUUUCAAGAGAGAAGGUGGAAAAGAUGAGCCGUUUGAGAAUGAUGAAUGUAUAUUGCGCGAUAAGAUGUCAGACAAAGUGAACUCUGUGCUUCUUACAGAUCUGCAAGAGCACUGGAUUGGUGGGCACACCACGGCGCUCCUGGUAGGAGGCGGCAAGGACCGCGGUGAGGCCUCUGUGAAGUUUGCGAAACUGUUUCUCACGCAUUGUCUGGAGAAACUUGAAAAGAACAAGCUGGAAAAGUCAACCGACUUUGAUGUUACGGUUACGCUGGGCGUGGUAGAGUCCUCUGACCGCAUUCGGGAUCUUCUUAACCAAGACAACGCGAGCUACGAGAAGAUGCAGCUCGGCUCCAGCCCUGUCUUCGGGCCGUGUCUCUGCGACAUGAAGCGGAAGACGGUGAAAUCCGCGAAGGAGUGCGUCGACGUCUUUGAAAAGGCCCUUGGACGCAGUGAUAAAAAGAAACAGCUGGUGGUCGGCUUCUUUGUCCUCAAGCAAACCCGGAAGAGCAGUGGAGAAAAGGACGUUUACCUCUCCUCUCUCUGCAUGGCACUCGCGAGGGAGGAGGUCUCGCACCUUAACGGGCUGCGGGAAAAGAGCACCUCCGAGCCUUGCAGGCUGUUCCGCUACGCCGUUGGCGGCGCUAGCGUCACUGUGACCGCGCUGCUGGUGUCGGGGCGGCAGCCCGAGGACCGCGGCUGCCUCGAGUUGGGCCGCAAGAUCCGCGAGGUCAAAAAUGCGCCGCCCCGCAGUGGAAAUGUCAGGCGCUGCGUGGAAAUGACAAAAAAAGAGAUCAGUCGGCAGCAGGACAAGAUGGAUACGAUGGGCGACACCGACAAGAAGUCGACGGAGCGCGUCGUCUCCCACAUGCAGAUGAUGGUGAAGGACUGCGAGGAGAUGCUGUCGAACCCCGAGAGCAACGAACCGAAGGGUUACCCGAUGGGCGGGUCGAGGUGA